AUGACUUCUCCACCAAAAAUUGAAGACCUUUUCAACAUUGACGGUUAUUUACGUGACUUCAAGGGCGAGAUCUGCAGGCGUUAUGGCGUGUUCCAGGACUAUCUCUACAAGAUUGAAGAGGUCGGUGGAACUUCUCGACUCGAGAAAAAUAGGAAAUGACCUUUCAAACUUCAUUUUCAACCGGAUAUUCUUUAAUUUUUCCAGUGUGGCGGCAUGGAGCAGUUCACGACGGCCUACCGUGAAUUCGGAAUGAAUGUCCAGGAAGACAACUCGAUCAAGUGUUUGGAAUGGGCUCCGGCUGCCGAUCGCUUGGCUCUCGUUGGAGACUUUAGUUAGUUCCAUUUAAUUCGAUGCCAGCCACCAAAAUUGAACAAAAUCUUUUCAGACCAGUGGAAUCAAGAUUCACACGUCUACAAGCGGGAAGAGCACGGAAAAUGGUCCCUGGUGAUUCCUGCAAAUCCUGACGGCUCCUGCGCCAUUCCUCAUGGCUCCUUCCUCAAGGUAUCGAUUUUUCAAGUCUGAAAGGAUAAAAUUUCACAAUUAUCCAGACCGCUGUGACGCAUCAAGGCCAAACGAGCUUCAAACUCAGUCCGUGGGCCACCUAUGUAACUCGUCCCAAGAGCGACUGCGUCAUUUAUCACCAGGUAGACCCAAAGUUCUGACCGAAACUAAAGAUAGUUUCCAUAGACAGAUAUCACGCAGAAACACAGGGAAAGAUUAUCCAGUUAUUUAAACUUCAAAAAAUCAUCCAGCCAUAAAAAGAAGAUAAUUUUCCAGGAGUUCUACAAUCCAUCGGAAACAUACAAGUUCAAACACCAGAAGCCGGAACGUCCCGAGUCACUGAGAAUCUAUGAAGCCCACGUCGGAAUCAGCAGCCCCGAAGGAAAGGUCAACACCUACCGCGCAUUCGCCGAUGACGUCUUGCCACGAAUUCACCGCCAAGGUGAGAAUUCGCCUUCAUUUACCUUAGGGAAAUCAAAGACGUCAACUAAAGUUACCUUUUGCAGGGUAUAACACGGUGCAAUUGAUGGCCGUCAUGGAGCAUGUUUACUAUGCGUCCUUUGGCUACCAAGUGACAAACUUUUUUGCCGCGUCGAGGUGAAUUCUUCCGUUAUUUCAAGACUUCAAUUUUUAAUUCAGCCGUUGCGGGACUCCAGACGACUUGAAGUACCUUGUAGACAAGGCACACUCCCUCGGCAUUUUCAUCCUUCUCGACGUGGUAAAUUAGUUCUUUCUGUGACUCAAGCAUAGAGUGACGUGUUCAGGUUCAUUCACACGCGUCGAAAAACGUCGAAGAUGGUUUGAAUGAAUGGGACGGGUCCAAAGCCUGCUAUUUCCAUGGAAACUCUCGCGGAUAUCAUUCUUUGUGGGAUUCGAGGCUUUUCGACUACACUCAGUAUGUUCUCAGGGGUCUAUAAAAAAAAAAGGAAAAUUAAUUCAGAAUCGAGACUCUUCGAUUUUUGCUGUCCAAUCUGCGUUGGUGGGUGGAAGAGUUCGGCUUCGAUGGCUUCCGAUUUGAUGGAGUGACGUCGAUGAUUUACCAUUCGCAUGGAAUCGGUUCGAUUAGAAACUUGAACAGAAAAAAUCCUCUUUGCCAGACGAUUCUUUUGCCGGCGGGUACCCGAUGUACUUCGGUUUGAACGCCGACACUGACGCCCUGGUCUACUUGAUGAUCGCCAACGAUUUUCUCCACAAGAAAUACCGACAAAUCGUCACUAUCGCUGAGGUUAUCCUCUAACUUUACUAGAGACAAAGAUCAAAGAACUUUUUUGUUUCUAGGAAGUCUCCGGGAUGCCAGCUCUCUGCCGGCCAAUCGAAGAAGGUGGCCAAGGAUUCGAUUAUCGAUUGGCGAUGGCGAUCCCUGACAAAUGGAUCAAGCUCUUGAAGCAUUCUCGCGAUGAGGACUGGAAAAUCGGAGACGUUGUCCACACGCUUGAGAACCGAAGGUUUGCCACUUUUCCGCUCGAAAACACGGCGUAAAUUAUACAGAUACGCUGAGAAACACGUCGCCUAUGCGGAGUCGCAUGAUCAGGCUUUGGUUGGAGACAAAACGAUCGCUUUCUGGCUCAUGGACAAAGGUGAUUUCGAACUUUCAUUUUGAUAAACUCCCAGAAUCAAAAGGUGCCGAAACAACGACUAUUUUUUAAGAAAUGUACGAUUUCAUGUCGGUCGACUCUCCAUUGACGCCCAUUAUCGAUCGCGGAAUUGCACUGCACAAACUCAUCCGGCUCAUAACCUACGGCCUUGGAGGAGAAGCUUGGCUCAACUUCAUCGGUGAGAAUUUCCGUCCGAUUCACAAGUCGAUGAGUUAUUCUCCAGGCAAUGAGUUUGGCCAUCCGGAAUGGCUGGACUUUCCUCGAGUUGGAAACCAGGAAUCGUUCCAUUAUGCUCGCCGUCAGUUCAAUUUGGUCGACGCAGAUUAUUUGAGGUUUGAAUGAUGAGAAGAAAAAAAUCAUUAUUUCUAUAUGGACCUUUCAGAUACAAGUUCCUCAACAAUUGGGAUCGAAAAAUGAACGGGCUCGAAGAAAUGUCCGGCUUUUUGCACAAAGGAUAUGUGAGUUGAUCGGGAAAAAAAGGGAAAAGAUGAAGAGAUUCAGGCUCACGUUUCCUGGAAGCAUGAAGACGACAAAGUCGUGGCUUUUGAACGCGGCGGCCUCGUGUUCAUCUUCAACUUCCAUCCCAGCAAGAGCUUCGCCGAUUACACUGUUGGUGUGGAUGUUCCUGGAGAGUGAGUGGUAGUUAGUAAAUAUAGGAUUUUUUUGACUCAAAAAAUUAUCUUUUUAUCUUAUCAAUGCACUCACUGGUGUGUGGGAUUAACAAAAUUGCCUAUAAGCACAAAAUUUGCGAGAAUAUAAUGGAAUAUCGCAGAAAUAUACUUUUUUUUCUCCCUUCAGAGUUCCACAACAAUUUCUCUAUUUUGCCUCAUAGUCAUUAGACCUUGUGUUAAUGUGCGGAAAAAUGAUUUUCAGCAUUUUUGGAAUCGCCAUCCCUCGACUGAUAAGAAGAAGCGAAUAAAUUUGAACUGAGCCAAGAAAAGUUCAUCGUUUUGAAACUUUUUCGAACGGUCAUCAAAAAAUCCUCCCUUAAACAAUCUGUCACACAGUGAACUUAUUGAAAUUAAAGAAAAAUCGCUUUUUUGAGAAGUUUUUGAAAAACCCCAGAACUUAAGCGCCUAUUUCAGAUACAGAAUCGCGCUGAACAGCGAUGACGCCGAGUUCGGCGGGCACAGUCGCGUCGACAACAGCACGAAAUUCUUCACUUUUCCGGAAUCGUACGCCGGCCGCGGCAACCGCAUUCAAGUAUACAUCCCCACUCGGACGGUGUUAGUCCUCAGCAAAUCCAACUAA